AUGGUUAAUGCCUGUCGCCAGAAACUUCAAAGGAUCGUGGGUAUCCUAGUGGGUACCUAUGGAAAAGAAUUGAAGAAGCGUGAACUUAAGAAAGCAAAGAAGAUAAUGGGCAACGACCGUGGGAGAAGGAAGACUGAUGUGCAGGAGCUUCAUGGCCACGUGGAAGGAGCAAGUAAAGGUGUCAACUUCUUAAAUGCUUUUGAUGUGGUCUACAUGGAAAGCAAUUGUUUCCUCCUUUUAAGAGGAAGCAGAGCAAUUAGAGAGAGCCAGCUCUUCUUUCGUGACUCAGCAUAUCCACGCGAGAAGUGGCUCGUUGCGCUCUUCUUAGGCAUGAAUUAG